ACACAAAUCUUAACCUGAAAGUUACUUUAACUCAUGUACACAAUGAUAAAGUAGUCAAAACAAAAGACGUAAUAUUUCGCGUAUUACGUAAACAUAUUUAAUAAGUAAGUUAAAAUUACGUUAGGUAGCACACUUUCAUUACCAAUUGUACGUAUUAUUGUAUAUACUAUUAAACCGAAAAUGACGAUUGUUGAAUAUGUUCAAACUUUGUCGGACAAUCCAUAUUUUGGAGCUGGUUUUGGGCUCUUUGGACUUGGAGCUGGUGCAGCUAUGCUUAGAAAAGGAAUGCAAGCUGGAAUGAUCCUUUUCAGACGACAUUAUAUGAUCACGUUGGAGGUACCUUGUCGCGACAAAAGUUACCAGUGGCUUCUACACUGGUUAACUCAUAAGGGUGCUAAAAAAACACAGCAUCUAUCCGUGGAGACAAGUUUUGAAGAAAAAGAUACCGGGCAUGUCAAGACCAAAUAUGAUUUCAUACCGAGUAUCGGUACUCACUUUUUCACUUACAACGGCAACUGGAUAAAAGUGGAGAGAACGAGGGAACAGCAAACGCUGGAUUUGCACAUGGGUAUCCCUUGGGAAACUGUUCAGCUUACAGCAUUUGGGAGAGACAAGAGCAUAUAUUUUAAUAUCCUUGAAGAAGCUAGACAAAUGGCAUUGAAGGAGCACGAGGGAAAGACAAUAAUGUACACAGCAAUGGGAAGUGAAUGGCGGCCCUUUGGACAUGCAAGGAAAAAACGACCCAUAAAUUCCGUGGUGUUGGAUGCUGGAGUUGGAGAGAGAAUACUAAACGACUGCAAAGAAUUUAUAAACAAUCAUGGAUGGUAUAGUGAAAGAGGAAUUCCUUACCGAAGAGGGUAUUUACUUUAUGGACCCCCAGGCUGUGGCAAAUCUUCGUAUAUAACUGCGUUGGCUGGUGAACUGGAACAUGGAAUCUGUGUGCUGAAUUUAUCAGAAAGAGGUCUGACGGAUGACAGAUUAAAUCAUUUGCUAGCCGUUGCUCCUCAGCAAACCAUUAUUCUUCUGGAAGAUGUAGAUGCUGCUUUUAUCAGCCGAGAAGAAUCAAAAGAAAUCAGGUCAGCGUAUGACGGGCUUAAUCGAGUGACAUUUAGUGGUUUAUUGAAUUGCCUGGACGGCGUUGCUUCUACAGAAGCAAGAAUACUCUUCAUGACCACUAAUUAUCUCGAGAGAUUAGAUCCAGCCCUCGUGAGACCUGGUAGAGUUGAUCUCAAAGAGUACAUUGGUUGGUGCAGCGCUUAUCAGGUGGAACAAAUGUUUCUAAGGUUUUACAAAUUCUCUGAAAAUUGUACACAUACAUUGGCUCAAGAGUUUGCCAAUAGUGUAAUAGCUCAUAAACGAAAUGUGAGUCCAGCACAAAUUCAGGGUUUCUUUAUGUUUCACAAGAACAACCCCGAGGAAGUAGUGAAUAACGUAUCGAAAAUAUGGGAACUUCAGUAAAAUAAUAUCUUGGUAUAAAUAAAUUUAAGUCACACAAAGUGUAAUGGUAUAUACAGUAUGCCAAGCAUCGAUUUAUAACCUGAAAUAAUUUAAAAUAUAGUUGGAAGGAUAUUACGAAGUGUA